GUACAACAGGAAGGUGAUGUCAGUAAAGCAUAGCUAAAAUUGUUGGAAGAGAUUUCAGGCAGUUGUUGGUGGAUUUUUCAGGCUGGUAUGAUAACCGGGGUCACAUUGAUAUGCUGAAAGUUGUAUUCAGAGAUUAUGUGGAUACUCAUAAACUGGAUGAGGCGUCUAAAACGAUGGACAUACUAAACGAACUAGUAGGAUCUGGGUAUCUGAGUUCAACAAAGCGUACUCUUCUCCGUGCUACAAUAGAGGCAACUGAACAAAAAGGGCUGUUAGACAAAAUUGGGCCUGCACUGCAAUCAUGCACAAGAGAAAAUUUAACAUUUGGAUUUAGUAAAUACAGGUUGCAACUGAUCAAGCUUGGAUUGAUAUUGAAAAAGAAAGAAAUAAAAAAGAUAAGGGAACUAUACGAAGAAACGCACUUACAGCAAUACAAAGACGGUUGGAAGUUAAUUUUGGAUCUCGAACACAGUACGAUAUUACAAAACGAUAACAAGACCAUGAAAAAAUUCAAAGAGAAAUUACAGAGAAAUGAAGUACACAGAGCACUGAAAGCUCUAGAACAAGCUUACGUAAUUUCUGGUGAAGACUUCAGGCAGUUGUUGGUGGAUUUUUCAGGCUGGUAUGAUGACCGGGGUCACAUUAAUAUGCUGAAAGUUGUUUUCAGAGAUCAUGUGAAAAAUUCUUUUAAACUGGAUGAGGCUUAUCAGACGAUGGACAUACUAAACGAAUUAAUAGCAGCUGGGCAUCUGAGUUCAAAAGAGCCCACUCUUCUUUUGAAUACAGGUUAA